CAGAUCAAUGUCAAUAUCCUGAUUACACUAUUAUUCUAUAACUUUAAAAAUUUUUUACUGUGGGUAGAAGCUGGGCAAGGUGUUAAAGAAAACUCCAUUAUUUCUUACAAUUGCAUGUGGAUCUCUGAUUAUCAUGAUAAAAAUUUAAGUUAAAAAUUUUAAUAAAGAUGACCACCUAAACCCCCCAGUUUUCUAUUGGCAUAAUUAGAGAUAAUAGGAAACAGAACCUUGGGGAUUUUUCUUAUUUUAAAUAUUACGAAGUUCUUAUUUUACAGAGAUUAAUAAAACAAUAUCUUAAGUAUCAAGAGAAAAUAAAUAUUUAAAUAAUUGAAUUGCAAUAUGGUAUGCUAAGAACAAUGGCAGAUCUACAAAUAACGUAGAUGUGGCACACAAAAAGGAAUGAUUAACUUUUUGGAGGUGAGGGAAGACUUCCCAGAGGAAGUGAUCUUUGAGAUGAGUAUUCAAAGAUGAGUUUCAAAUUAUUCAAGAAAAAACAUUCCAGGUAUAGGCAACGGCAACACAGAUGCAUGUAGGAACAAACUAUAAAUAGUUUCUUAUUAUUGGAGUGAAGUAUGAUUUGGGGGGAAAGAGGAAGAUCCCUUUGCAAAGGUAGAAAGGAAUCAGAACAGGAAAAACAGUCUUCCGGUCCUGUGGGAACAGAGGUACAGGGAAAACAGCUGCAAAGACAUAGAUAAGAAAGUCACAGGUAGUUGCUGGAAUUCAGAGCUAAGUUGUCCUGAGUUCUCGCUGUCACUCUGGUUUAUGUUAACUAGGAGCCUCCGCAUCAGUUCCAGACAUUUCACUUAGGUAUUGCUUCCCCAGGAUACCACACAAUUGCAGAGCUUAUUUUUUCCAUGACCCAUCCACAGCUUCCCAAGUCCAGAUAAAACUGACCAUAUUAGUUCUCUAUGAAGGGUGGCUAGUGACUGACAUCCUGCCCUCUGCUAUCCAUUCCCAUUUAAGAUUAAAAUUUUAAGACGUAAAAAAAAAAAGUUAGUCAAGCAAAGAGAAUAGAGAAAAGUGAUCCAAAGGGAAUGAAGAGAAUGCUCAAAAUCUCAACCUGAGGAAAAACUUGGUGUGUCUAAAAACCUGAGAUAUGGCUGAAACUGAGUAAGGCAAUUACUGAUAGAAGAAAACACAAGAGAAUUUUGGAAAGGUAGGCAGAAGCUUUCAGAAAAAAUUUUAAAGCAGUGUGUUAUUUUAAUUGUGAUUCUGUGGGUCAGAAAUGUGGGCUGGGCUCAGCUAGGUGGUUCUUGUGCUGAACUCAUGGGUGGACCCCUGUGGAGCUGCAGGCUGCUACAGAAUAACUGGGUUAGAUGGUUUUAGAGGGCUUUGUACAUGUAUCUAGCAGUUGCUGCUGGCUGUAGGCUGGAUAAUUCUCACCAGUAGACUCCUCCUCAAGGAGAUUAGGCCAAGCUUUGUUACUCAGUAGUCACAGAGCAGUGUUGCAAGACAGCAAGAACAGCAGCUGCAACUUACUGCAUUCUUUUGGUCAGAGCUAGUCACAAGGUGCUAUGGUUUGAAUGUUUGUGUUUCUCUAAAAUUCAUACAUUAGAACUUAAACCCCAACGUGACAGUCUGAAGAGGUGGUGCCUUUGAGAGGUGAUUAGGCCAUGAGGGUGCCACCAUUAUGAAUGGGACUAGUGCUCUUAUGAAAGAGGCUUCAAGAGCUGCCUGCUCCUUCUGCUUUUCCACCAAGUGAGGACACAGCGUUGGUUUCCUCUGGAGGAUGCAGCAACAAGGCGUCAUCUUAGAAGGAGAGAGCAAGCACUUACCAGACACCAAAUCUGCUGAUACCUUGAUCUUGGACUUCUCAGCCUUCAGAACUGUGAUAAAUAAAUUUCUAUUAUUUAAAAAAUCACGUCAGUCUGUGGUAUUCUCUUACAGGAGCAGCAAUGGCCUAAGACACAACGCCAGCUCAAAUUCAAGGGGUGGAAAAAUACGCUCUGCCUCUUGAUUCAAGAAGUGGCAUCUUUUAUUUGGCCUUAGAAAUUUUAAACUGAGCUUGAGUAGAUUUUAAAGUCAGGAUGCUUGGGAUGGGGGAGAAGAUAAGGGUGAUAAAACCUGGGUAUUUUGCAGCAGGAAGUGGAGUAGUAGUUUGGACGUGGGAAUAGACAGUGGGAUUGGAAAAUGGGUUGUCAGUUGCAGUGUUAUAUAUAAUUUUAUUUUAUUUUUUUGGCUGCUAUAGUCUGUGCUGUUCUUUGACACCCCCAGGAUCCUCAGUUAUUGUUUCUCCCCUCCCGCUUAAAGAUUUGUUAAUGUCAUUCCUAUUCUACAUUCAAGAAACGGUUAUUGGUAUUAAAUGGUUUCUGGGGUCAGGACACUAAUGAUAGAUAUUAUAACUCUUAAAAUAUGUGUGUGGGGUUUUAAAUAUAUAGGCCAGAUUUAUCACAUUGUAUCUCAUACAUAUUUAAAAUGUUAAAUUUAUCCUCAAAUGUGUUUUCCCAGACAUGUUUGAAGAACUUUAAAAAUUAAACUUGAAAACAUGAUACCAAGAAUUACCACAAGAUGGUGCCAUGAGUAUAUUGAAAGUAUGAUAGUUUCUUCAUUCCUUUGCCCACAUCAACAUUCUGAUGCAACUUAUUAGUGAGUAAGGAAAGCAAAGAAAUACCACACCAAGGAGUAAGGAUGUGUGGACAUGCAUGUGGGGGCAAGAGCAUGCUCAUUUGAUAGACUUUCUGAGCACCUUGUAUGCGUUAGGCAGAAUGUAUAGGGGAGACAUGGCAGAGGUUGGGGAGGUUGGGUGUUUGGAAGGGGGAAGAGCAAGAGAGAUCUUUCUUUAGUUUUCAGGAAUAAAAAUUACUACUUAAAUAUAUUAAUAUUGCUCUAUGUCUGGAAAAGUCUCCAUUUUAAGAGAUAUUAGGAAUGAACAUAAAUGUUAAAUGAAGCAACCUUAGGUUUGUAUGACAGAUUUAGAGAUAAGGCUAGAAUUCAUCAGUACGAUAAUGAUUUUACCUUUUCAAUAGAAACACAUAGUUUUAAACGCUUGCUUUUACUUAAUUUUUGAUGAAUCAAUUUGCCAUUUAUCAUUCAACCAAGAAAUCUGACUCUGCAAAAUAUAAUUACCAUGGUGAAUGUAACAAAUCAUUGAGUUUCUGUCAGUAAGUGCACUAGAUAAGUAAAUCAUUUCAGUGUGAGGUAGGUGGGUUAAAUUAUUUACAAUAUACUUAUUUCUUUAAACCUCUUAAUUAGUAAGUUCAGAAAAUUCCUUUCAUAGAAUAAUUAUUAUACAAUCCAUGUAUCGGAUAGAGCCCAUAUGACUUAUGGUUUUUAAUGAAGGGACAGACUUAGAGGGGGAAAAGGCCUUGGUCAAAAUAUGUCAAAUUGCACCUUUGAAAACAGGGCAUCUGCUUUUCUUUGUGUAUGUCCCAGGUCCUUAUAAGAAUACUCAGGAAUUGUCUCUUACUUGUAGUACUUCAGACCCAGUGAUGAUACAUAUAGUAGAAGGAAUACUGAUACACUUUUCUGAUUCGUUGUCUUACUCAGAAUUGAUCACUGUUUAGUUUCCAAGUAUUUUACAAAUCCUGACUCUAUUUUUCAAAGCAAGGAUAAGGGUUGGUACCCUUUAUCUGUUCUCCCCAGAUAAAUUUAAUUGAGAUUGAUAUUGUAGGGCUUAUUGAGAUUGAAGUUCCUUGGGAAUGAGAAUAGAGAAAUUUGGAAAUAGGAUCAAGUCUCAAGUUACAAUUCUAACCACUUCCUGACGCACAAAUGCUUUGAAUUUGAGACGGAGCUCUAGCCAUCUUCAAUGGUGUCAGAAAUCUAAAACUACACCUGACGUAGACUUGAAAAAGUCAUUAUAGAACAUCUCCAUAUUCUGUACUUGUGGUUAAAAACUGUCAGACAAGGGUGUGGAUUAUACAAGGGUGUGAAUUAAGUACAGAACUCUAAGGGAUUGACACAUAAAAGAGUUUGAAUGGAACUUUGAUAAAAUGGUUAAAAGGGGUGGUUGGCCCUUUUUUGGUGAUGGACAGAUUGUCUUUUUCUUAAAGAAUGCUUUUGAAUAUAAACUUUUACAUAUUAUAUCUAUUAAAAGAUAAGAAUUGCUUAACAUCAAGUCUCGGUUUUUAGAUUUUGAAAACCAAAUACAGCUUUCAGUGUGGAAACUGAGUCUUAGACAAUCACGGCAAGUGUUUACAUGUUUGAGUGAUUUAAAUCAUCAAAGGCGUAUUUAAAACCUUGGUGUCUGCCUGGAAUAGAAGUGUUACCCAUUUUAAACUAAUCUAGGGAGAAGGGUUUUCAGCAGUGAGCCAAGCCCAGUGGUAAUUAGUGAGUUCAAUUUCCACUGGGGGAUGAAUGUAUUUUCACCUGGACUAACCAACUUUCUUCACACAGACAUUUGACUUUCACAUCUUAACAGUGUCACAGCCAAGGAGGCUGUUGGACAGUGUUCUGGGUUAGACAUCCCUGUGGAAUGUUACAGCUGACCGUGAGGUUGGUGUAUGUCCUUGGCACUAAACAGUUUUUCUCGAGCUGUGAAACACAUUUGCUCUUCUGAUUACAUGGAGUUUGGAGAUGGUGGAAGGGCUGGAUAAUUGUACUUUUUAAUGGGCCGAGUGUGCUGGCACUCACAAAUAAUGUUAACCCACUUCAUUUAAAGAGCUUGUGCUCUGGUGAACCUGCAAUCCAGAGACUCUUGUCCUGUAGACACUGGGUAUUUAUCUAUUAUUUUAUGAACUUGACGUAAAAUGUAUAGGGAGCUUUUUUAAAAAUCAUAGCCCCGAAGUGUUACUCAUCUUAUAGGAUAGUAAGUUACUUUUAGAAGCUGCUAUAACUCCAUCAAACCAUCGGGGCACCAUUUUGAUUGCUAAAAAAGGGGAAUUCACCGAAUUAUGUUGUAUUGUCAAAAAAAUAAAUGCAGUUUCCUUCUUCACAUAGAAAAUGACUUUGUGAUUGUAUUCUAGAUACUAAGAGCCACACAUUACAGUUUAGUUUGUUCAGUGAGUAGAAAGACCACCCUUCACAUAAAUGCCUCCUGGACACUUCCCCAGUGCAGAUCUAGGCCCAAAAGGCACCCAGGAAAUGCUCUUUGAAGACUGAAUGUUCUAUAGACCCAAAGUCUUAUCUUAAGUGUAGUGUCAAUGCUCUGCUAUAUUAAAGUUCUUUAAUGUGCUUAAAGAAAAGUGUUUAUUUGGGAAAUGUACUCAUAAGAAAGACUCCAAGCAAAUGCAAUAUAUUGUUGUUUUUUGAGAACAUUUGUUUUUAAAAUGGAUUUUAAAAUUAAACAGUUGACUCUUGAUGGCAGAAAAUAUUGCUACUUUUUUCUAAAACUGAUUUUAAAGAACCUCUAAUGCAAGUAGUUUAUAGCAUAUACAAAUAAAACAGAAAUCUUUACUUCAUAAGGCAAAGCUUAUUUUUUUGUUUGUUUCUGACAGUGCCACAUGCACUGUAUAACAUUAUGGAUAUUUUGCUUUUGGGUACAAUGAGAAGAGGGUGAGAUAACCAAAUGUUUUGCCUCACUCUGAAGAUACAUUCAUCCUUUUAAAAUUUCCUUUUGAAAAUUGAGGUAGGUUGCUAAAAAAUAUUUAUGUCAAGUGCCUUUCACACUAGUGAGUAUAGAGUUUAGGUGAUCAAUGAGUACUAUUAUUACUAUUUUUUUUUUUGAUUCAGUAAUUCUGAGUGGCUUCUUCUUGCCUUUGUUUUCCAUGUCCUAGUUUUGUCAUCAUGCAUUAUUGCCACAUUUGUGCUCUGCUUUGUGUCUCAGUCUUACCAGCACCUUCCCUCAUAUUUUUGCCCAUCCGUUAAAGUAACACUACCCUCCAAAUUUCUUGCCUAAGCAAGAGAACACCUGCUUAGGUACCAUUUCCCAAUCCAUAACUUCCCAGCAGUUUAAGUAAACAUUUAUACGGUCCACAGUCUCUUACCUGCAAUUCCUGAAAUCCAAGAAGCAAUGAAAACUGGAAGAUUUUGUAAUUCAUGUUGAUGGGAAAACGUGACAUGAACUAAUGUGGACUUAAAUUAUAGCAUUUAUUUAUCCCAACGAGUAUGAAUAUGCACACGUUUUGCUAUAGAAUGUUAAUGUAUCUGAUUAUAGAGUUGUUGCCCCGGACCUCAAUGUGGCAUUAUAUAACAUCUGCCACUGGAGGCAUUAUAUAAUUCCUGGCAUAUGUAGAGUAUUACCUUUCUAAAAUCUGAAAACAUUUGAAUUCUGAAAUGCAUCAAGCACUAAGGGUUUUAGAUAAAGGAUUGGCCUAUAAUCAAAUAUCCCGGUUUAAUUUUAAACUUUUAUCUUAUUACUAGGGAGCUUCAUGUGUGGUAAUAAUAAAAAGAUUUUUUAGGCAUACAAUCUCUCAUAAACUAUUCCUAUGACUGUUUUCUAAGGAAAGUUUAUGUGUGUGGUGGGUGAGCCAGAGAGGACAGAAGAGAAAGGACACUGAACAAUUGCAAAGUCAGUGAUGCCCAAUGCUAUUUCUCAUAAUACAUUCAAUUGUUGCCCUAGGGGCUUCAGGAGACACAAAACAAAUGGAAUUCAGGUGGCAAAAGUGACUGUGAGGGGCAAGUGUGUUCAAUGGUGUACAUAUAGAUAUAUGUACACACUUAUGUGCACAUCCACUCAUGUGUCUAAUCUGUCUCCAAGCAAGGGCAUCUAACCAGCAGCCCGUAAGGAGUCAACUUUCCAUAUGGGGACAUAGUGAGAAUACCCGUGAGAGUGAUGUGUUUAAUGUUGCUCCAGAAUGCUGUGUUACGUAAAUGUGUGCUGCUUAGGUUUACACGAAUGUUUCAUAUUGUAGACACUUCUAAAUGUGUCAUCUCAGAGCUGGUAGGAUUACUAGAACUGAACCCAGUCAUUUAUAGGAGGUCCUCAAAUCAGGAAUUGCCUUUACUGAAUUCUAAUUUGUUUGGCCUUCAGAGUCUCAAUGAGAACCUAAAACCCUUUUUAAAAAAUUGAAUAGAACCUUAAAUGUGUUGUCAAUGUUGCCUCCUAGGAAUUUCUUCCAGUUUAUUUUUGUGAUUUCUAAUAAACGUUUUAUUUCUUUUUUGCUUUGCAGUUUGCAUGCGCAUGUCAAAGCUGUAUAUUUUGUAAUCUCAAAUCACUGCUACUGCUUUCUGGGGUAUAUGUAUUUCUGGGGUAUAUCUAAUACUGCUUUCUGACCUUGUGUCUUCUAAAGAUGAUGUCCAGUAGCUCUUGCAUCUUAUAUUUUAGUAACAAAAGAGGAAGGAUGAUAAAAAGCGAAGGUAUAAAUUUGGGAGUAGUUGGGAUAAAAAUACAUGGGUUUAAUGAACUAUAGAUUUUUCAAAAUAAUGAGCAAAGAUUAUAGUGUUAAAAAUAUCUGUCUUGCAUGUUUAUUGUUACACAGAAUAGAUUUAAAUCUUUAUUGUUUAUGAAAUUGUCUUAGAGUAAAAUUGAUGGUAUUUUGUCCUGGUGCUAGCAUAGCAUCGCACAUUUUUAACUAUCACCAUUAUUUUAAUUUAGAGAUGGGCACUUAGGAGUUAAAGGAUGUUUGAUUUGCCCUUUAAUGGAUAUCUGUGUCAAAUAUAUGGAAUUAUUUUUGUUAUAAUUGUAAUAGUCUCCCGUGAUUUCAUUUGUCUAGAGCAAAGUCCCAGGAACCUACAGCUAUUUUGAUUUAUGCAGCCUUUAUAAGUCCUUAUAAUAUAGACUACUGAUUUCUUCCCUGUAUCCUGUUCAUUGUUGAAAAGCCAGAGCUAUUUUUAACAUUUACACAAUUUCAAUAGAUGGUUCUUCAUUCCAUGAGGUUUGGUGCUAAAUCUGUGGAGACUUUCAUAAUCAUAUCCUUUUUGUGGUUUGCUUGAAUUUGAUCACAGUGGCUGAUUUCAUGCAUUGAUAAUGAAGGCUUAGGUUGCCUGUUUCUCAGCAUAAAUCCACCUCAGACUUGUACGUUGACAGUGCUUCUGGUUUCAGCAUGCAUGGAGAUAUAGAAUUGAAAUUGCUCUGCUUUCUUUACAAAUGACUCAGAGUGUGCUUGUCCUUCCCUAAAAUGUUGCUAGCGUGUAAAGGAUUUUCAAUGAGCAGUGCAAUAAGCCAGCAACUGGGAAGGCUUGGAGCGGCACUGAUAUAACGUGGUGCUGUCACACAGAUAAUCAGGGCUGGAGCCAAGUCUCGGUAGCGCUGUGCAUUACGCUGGUCACAUACUGGAAGUUUUGUUUAUCUAACUUGGUUGCUCUCGAAGCUGGUGAGAGCCCUGCCAGGAUGUGGAGUGGACUUCCUAGCAGAGGCAGUACAUGCCAUACUACUACCCUUCCUGCUCUUGUGCGCACACCUACCCUGAUGAUGCAGCCUUCACUGGAUAUCAAACCAUUUAUGUCUUUUCCAGUGGACAGUAGUUCUGCUGUUGGGCUCUUUCCAAAUUUUAACACAAAAAGAAGAGGCUUAUUUGGGACCAAUAAAUUUUGCCAGAUGGAUCCUGUGCAAAAAGCGGUUAUUAACCAUACAUUUGGAGUAUCCAUUCCCCCAAAGAAGAAACAAGUUAUUUCUUGUAAUGUCUGUCAGCUUCGCUUUAACUCAGAUAGCCAGGCCGAGGCCCACUACAAAGGAAGUAAACAUGCCAAGAAGGUCAAAGCACUAGAGGCAACGAAAAAUAAACCCAAAAUGGUUUCUUCCAAGGACAGCGCAAAGGCUAAUCCCAGCUGCUCCAUCACUCCAAUCACAGGCAACAACUCUGACAAAUCAGAAGAUAAAGGGAAGUUAAAAGCCAGCAGUUCCAGUCAGCCGUCAAGCUCUGAAAGUGGCUCAUUUCUCCUCAAAUCUGGCACAACACCCCUGCCACCUGGAGCCGCCACUUCUCCCUCCAAGAGCACAAAUGGAGCUGCCGGUACUGUUGUUGAAUCAGAAGAAGAAAAAGCCAAAAAAUUACUUUAUUGUUCACUAUGCAAAGUGGCUGUGAACUCCCUGUCACAGCUGGAGGCACACAACACAGGAUCUAAACACAAGACCAUGGUUGAAGCUCGUAAUGGGGCUGGUCCAAUUAAAUCCUAUCCUAGACCUGGAUCAAGAUUAAAGAUGCAGAAUGGCAGUAAGGGGUCAGGACUACAGAACAAGACAUUUCAUUGUGAAAUCUGUGAUGUUCAUGUUAACUCAGAAAUUCAACUCAAACAGCACAUUUCUAGCCGAAGGCAUAAAGAUCGAGUUGCAGGGAAACCACUGAAGCCAAAAUACAGCCCUUACAACAAACUCCAGCGGAGCCCAAGUAUUCUAGCAGCAAAACUUGCAUUCCAGAAAGAUAUGAUGAAGCCUUUGGCCCCAGCCUUCCUGUCCUCACCUCUCGCAGCGGCAGCCGCCGUGUCCUCUGCGCUGUCACUCCCACCCCGGCCCUCCGCCUCGCUCUUCCAAGCUCCAGCCAUUCCUCCAGCUCUUCUGAGGCCUGGACAUGGGCCCAUCCGCGCCACUCCUGCCUCCAUCCUCUUUGCUCCGUACUAACGUCUGCAAACCCCAAGACGUUUGAGGCCAGUAGGAAGUUGAGAAAGAAAGCCACAAGGAUUCAGCAAGUUAAGCAGUUUGUGUUGCGGCACCCCCAUUCACUCACAAAAUGCAGCCUACCACCCAGCUCCCCAAUUCCAAAGAGAAACACAUCACUAGAUUCAAGAGGGCUUUUAGAGACCGCUCCUAUAAUUUAGUAAUCUGAGCAGCAUAGGCUUUAUCUCCCUACUUCCUCCCCGCCACCCCUCCCUCGCCACCCCAUUCAAUUUGUGUAUCUCAGAUAUUUGAUUUCUUGAACAUAUGUUGGUCAGAAAGAAAAAGAAAGAAAAUCAUUCUCUAUUUUUCCAUGGGUAUGAUCUGGCUUAAAACAAUAUGGAAUAUUUUCCUGACAGACUUGAAAACUAGGAUCUUCCUCAGAUGUCUGUAAAUAACUCUGGUAUCCAACUGAGUGUAUUCUAGUGUGGAACAAAAAUCAAUGAACACAAGUGCUUACUUGUGGAUACCAUCUUACCAACGGAUCACAAAGUUCUCUCUUUGGUGUACUGUUGUUGACAGGGAUUGUGUACUGUUUCGACCCAAGUACUGUUGUAUCCUGUGUAGUACUAGAUCUGUAUCUCUUGUCUGAAUUAAACAUUUUUAGUUGCUGUGUAAAUGUUAGGAAGCAAAGUAGCUUUGAAUUUUCUCUUUAAGAGAACAAAAGAUAAAGUAAUGUAUUUUCUUUAUUUCACAUUUUAUUUGGAGAUAUUUAAAUGAAAUAGAAAGCCAUAUAACAUAGCUAUAAUUACUACCUGUUUGCUAUUUUUGUUUAACUUAUUUUGUAGCUUCCUCACUGGUUUGUGUUGCUAAGCAAACGUAUACAAACAGAAAAAGAGCUUCCUAAAUUGCACAUUUUUGCACCUCUUGUGCAUUCUGCAAGAAGACAAUGAAUCCAUGUAUUUCUAUAUAAGUAUCUUCUUCAUUUUUAACCUGUUUUCAUUUGUAAUGAUGCUACAUAAUUUUGUGGCUCCCUAAUGCAAUAAUGUACAGAAGAUAAAAAAUUUAUAAUUGAACAAUUUGUCUUUCUGUUCACUGAAUAUAUUGCAGGUCACGCUCCCAUGCCCCCCUUUCUAAACCGAUAUCAACUAGACUGGAAUGUUUGUGAUAUCAGGGGCAAGAGUUAUCAUAAAACAACAAAAUAGAGUGAACUCUUUUAGAGCAUCUAUAUCUGCAACCUGUAAAUGGUAAAAUGUCUGUGUAUUUUUUUAAAUGUACCUUUUCAAUAAAAGUACAAAAAA